UUUCCCGCCAGACGACGCUGAAGCUGUUCUGGCCUUGCUUUCGCCGUCUCUCUCGCGCUUGCUCUGACUUAGCUGCCCCGGGGCUUUACUUCCGUCGUCCCACUAUGCAGCGUGACCCUCCGAAGAAGCCGGAGAAGGAGGGCAAGCGGCUCUUUGACGUCGCGUCCUUCGGGAAGGACCUGCUGGCAGGCGGGGUCGCGGCGGCUGUGUCCAAGACCGCGGUGGCGCCCAUCGAGCGGGUGAAGCUGCUGCUGCAGGUGCAGGCGUCGUCCAAGCAGAUAAGCCCUGAGGCGCAGUACAAAGGCAUGGUGGACUGUCUGGUGCGGAUUCCCCGCGAGCAGGGUUUCUUCAGUUUUUGGCGUGGUAAUUUGGCAAAUGUUAUCCGGUAUUUUCCAACACAAGCUCUAAAUUUUGCUUUUAAGGACAAAUAUAAACAACUUUUCAUGUCUGGAGUUAAUAAAGAAAAACAGUUCUGGAGGUGGUUUUUGGCAAACCUGGCUUCUGGAGGAGCAGCUGGGGCAACAUCCUUAUGUGUGGUAUAUCCACUAGAUUUUGCCCGAACCAGAUUAGGUGCUGAUAUUGGAAAAGGUCCCGAAGAACGACAAUUCAAGGGGUUAGGUGACUGUAUUAUGAAAAUAGCAAAAUCAGAUGGAAUUAUUGGUUUAUACCAAGGGUUUGGUGUUUCAGUACAGGGCAUCAUUGUGUACCGAGCCUCUUAUUUUGGAGUUUAUGACACAGUUAAGGGCUUACUACCAAAACCAAAGGAAACCCCAUUCGUUGUCUCCUUUUUCAUUGCUCAAGUUGUGACUACAUGCUCUGGAAUCCUUUCUUACCCCUUUGACACAGUUAGAAGACGUAUGAUGAUGCAGAGUGGUGAAGCUGAACGGCAAUAUAAAGGAACUUUAGACUGCUUUGUGAAGAUAUACCAACAUGAGGGAGUCAAUGCAUUUUUUCGUGGCGCGUUCUCCAAUGUCCUUCGUGGUACAGGGGGUGCUUUAGUUUUGGUAUUGUAUGAUAAAAUUAAAGAAUUCCUUAAUAUUAAUGUUGGAGGUAGUUCAUCAGAUUAAAUUGUUAAAUGCAUAUAUUUAACUUGUUAAACAUACAGAUUACAUAGCUGCCAUCUGUAUACAUUUUGAUAGCAAUUUUUAAAAUGGUAAUUCUGCAAUAAAGCAUAAGCUUUUUUCAAGGGUUUACAUACUAAAAAUCAGAUAAAUGUGGGUUUCCUUCCCAGUUAGACUGAAACUCACUUUAAUAAGAGAUUUUACUUAUUAUAAGUAGUAUAUGUUAUUUCUGUUAGUUUAAAAUCCUUUUCUUACUUUUGUGAUAAAAAUUAAAAUGUAUAAUGUUAAAAUAUAAGAAAUGAAAGUUUGCUCUUUUAAAAUGCUAUUCUUUUACUGUAACUGUCUACCCAUCUUUUAAAAUCAUAUGAUAUGACCAAUAUUUCUUAAAAGCUUAUCGGAUAUGUUAUCAUAUCAGUGGGCAUAAAUAAGCUUUCUUCUACAACAUGCCUAGUAAGACAGCUUGAGUAUUACUAAGUAUAGUGUUUAUGGCAUCAUAUAGCUCUUAAUAAGCACAGAUUCUAGAUCAGAUCAUAAAAAAAAACCCUGAUAAUGACUUUAAUGAAACUAUAAACCUGUAAUUGGAAAAUAAAAGAUAUAAAAUGGCAUAGAUGAUUUUAUCUUUAAAAUAAAUAAAAUCUUGCUAAUGUAAAUAUAUCUUGGAACAAAAAAAAAUCCCCUUGAAAUUAGUUUGUGUACUCUGUAUUGAUAAUAA